AAUGGCGCGGACCACAAAAGAAUUUUGGAUUUUCGAGAAGUCUUAGCUCUUUCUCUCCAACACAUUCUCUGCACAGCGAUUGAAGAGACAUACGCCUUGGGGCUUGUUGAGGUCGCCAUGCAGAUUUUCGUCAAGACCCUGACGGGUAAGACGAUCACCCUCGAGGUGGAAUCGUCCGACACCAUCGACAAUGUGAAGACCAAGAUCCAAGACAAGGAGGGUAUUCCACCCGACCAGCAGCGUCUUAUCUUCGCCGGCAAGCAACUUGAGGAUGGCCGCACUUUGUCCGACUACAACAUCCAAAAGGAGUCGACGCUGCACCUUGUCCUUCGACUUCGUGGUGGUGCCAAGAAGCGCAAGAAGAAGGUGUACACGACGCCAAAGAAGAUCAAGCACAAGAGAAAGAAGACCAAGCUCGCUGUGCUCAAAUACUACAAGGUCGAUGGCGAUGGCAAGAUUGAGCGCCUGAGAAGGGAAUGCCCACAAGAGACUUGCGGGGCUGGUGUCUUCAUGGCUGCCAUGCAUAACCGCCAAUACUGUGGCAAAUGCCAUCUCACUUAUGUCUUCGACGAGACCAAGUAAACGAGCGCAUUCACCACACCUGAGCGCUUCUUCACGGGCGUGGAAUCACCAGCGAGAAAAGGUUUUAUAUAGUGUUCCACAGGCUCCCCUGCAGUGCGUGGGCAACUAGGCUAGACAAAGUAUAUUAAAGAUACACAUCUUCCAACA